AUGGGAGCUCUUCCAGACCGGGGAACAGGACUCCGGCUACCCCUUGAUCCGGCAUGGACAUCUGAGGACGAAUACAUCCAGUCUGUGCUGAACUUCGCAACGAGUUCCGACCUCUUUCGAAAUCUCUGUGGCGGUGUCCACAUCCUUGAUUUCCUGACGCGAGAACCGGACCUCUAUGAAACGGUCCUGCCUCUGGAAUGGCGCGACUGGUUCGACAAGGUGGAGAUUGACGAUGUUCUCGACCUGCUUCUGAGAAAUGACUUGGAAGAAUACGCCCAAGUGUCGUCAGCUACUUCUGAUCCAAGCCACUCUCCCCCAACAACCCUGCUGGAGUAUGUGCAUACAGUCCGAAAACACUGCCUUCGCAGACACUUCACUCCCGUCUCAGACGAAGUUUCAGACGUGCCGAGACAGGUCUGCGUGGGCAUGAACACCAAGAAGGUCCAUGAAGUGACGAAUUUCGCCGCAUAUGUGGCUAGACUCUCCAAAGAUGUCUCACAACGACUCCAAGAACCCAUCUCAGUUGUCGAUUUUGGCUCUGGGCAGAACUACCUGGGCCGAACGCUGGCGUCUCCACCAUACAACCAGCAUGUGGUGGCCAUAGAGAGAAAACAUCACAACAUUACCGGCGCUAGGUCGAUGGACGUCCAUGCGAAACUGGCGCAGAAGGAGAAGAUCAUGCGUAAUAAGAAAGAAUGGAAACGGCAGAUGGGACGGAAGGAUGAGAUGUCUACCCCUCCUCUUGUCUCGGAGGAACUUAACUCGGAGCCAUCACCCAUACCGGAGAUGUUCGCGGCGGCAAAGAUCCUGGAGAAAACGGACCUCGAUCCAGACAGCGGGUCAAUGACGUAUAUUGAACACGACGUCAAGGACGGACAUCUCGAGAAUAUCCUUUACCCGUUAGAGGCUCCUCAAAAGUUGAACGAAGGACACCCUGAAAAUGUCGAAGCUCCUACUGCAACGAAAACAACAAAUGGACUCGUUGACAAAAGCAAGGAAAGGCCGAAAGCCAUGGUCAUCUCGCUCCACUCCUGCGGCAAUCUUUCUCACCACGCGCUGCGUUCUCUGACUCUUAAUCCCAGCGUCUGCGCUGUCGCCGUAAUAGGCUGCUGCUACAACUUGGUCACCGAGCGACUUGGGCCCGCAACAUAUAAGCUCCCACAACUGCGCCCGAAUCACCCGCGGCUGGAGGCCACGGGCUCGGCAUAUGACCCACAUGGAUUCCCAAUGUCCCGCACUUUGGAGGACUUCCAGGACGCCGACGGCGGGCGAGGGGUAAGGCUGAACAUCACGGCGCGGAUGAUGGCCGUGCAGGCGCCGUACAACUGGGGUCCCUCGGACAGCGAGGCCUUCUUCCGGCGGCACUUCUACCGCACGCUGCUGCAGAAGAUCCUGCUCGACCUUGGCGUGGUCAAGCAGUGUCGCGACCCGGGCAAGCAGGAGGUCGCUGGGGGCAGCAUCACGGGGCGAAACGAGGCCGGCACGCCUCUCAUCAUUGGCUCGCUUCGGAAAGCCUGCUUCACAAGCUUCCGGGCCUACGUGAAUGGCGCGCUGGAGAAGCUGAAGGCCGAUCCCAUCGACGGGCCCAUGGUGGAAGCCCUAACCAAAGACAAACUCACCGACGAGGUGAUUGACGACUACGAGCGACGUUUCUCAUACGCGAAGAAGAACUUGGCCGUCAUCUGGAGCCUCAUGGCUUUCAGCGCCGGUGUCGUCGAGAGCAUCAUCGUCACGGACCGCUGGCUCUUUCUGCGAGAGCAGCCGGAUAUAGCGGACUGCUGGGUCGAUAUUGUCUUCAACUACAAGCAAAGCCCGCGGAAUUUUGUGGUCGUGGGCAUCAAGAAUCAGAAAUGA